AUUUUUUCUCUAAACUAGAACUUUCAGUUUAAAGCAAUCAAAUAUCAGCUAUUCGAUCUUGCGAGAGACUUUCUAGAAAAAUUUCGCGCGCGAGAAACCCUAGAGGAACCCUGACUCAUUCGAUUCGCUGUUGCUUUCGAAUUUCGUUCCUUGGAAGAUUAGGGAGCAAUGGCAAUUGCAGCCCCAGGGCAACUGAACGUGAAUGAAUCACCCAUUUGGGGAUCCAGAAGUGUUGAUUGCUUCGAGAAAUUGGAGCAAAUUGGCGAGGGCACAUAUGGUCAGGUUUACAUGGCUAAAGAGAUCAAAACUGGUGAAAUUGUUGCUCUGAAGAAAAUACGAAUGGACAAUGAGAGAGAGGGGUUUCCUAUAACUGCUAUACGAGAAAUCAAAAUUCUAAAGAAACUACACCAUGAAAAUGUCAUCAAGCUGAAAGAAAUUGUGACUUCUCAAGGUCCUGAGAAAGAUGAACAGGGGAAGCCAGAUGGUAACAAAUAUAAAGGUGGCAUCUAUAUGGUCUUUGAAUACAUGGACCAUGAUUUAACUGGUCUUGCUGACCGACCUGGGAUGAGAUUCACAGUUCCCCAAAUUAAGUGUUACAUGAGACAGCUUUUGACGGGGCUUCACUAUUGUCAUGUAAAUCAAGUACUUCAUCGAGAUAUCAAAGGCUCAAAUCUUCUUAUAGACAAUGAAGGAAAUCUUAAGCUUGCAGAUUUUGGACUGGCACGAUCAUUUUCUAAUGACCAAAAUGCAAAUCUUACAAAUCGUGUCAUUACGUUAUGGUACAGACCACCUGAGUUGCUGCUAGGGACAACAAAGUAUGGACCAGCUGUGGAUAUGUGGUCUGUUGGGUGCAUUUUUGCUGAGCUUCUUCAAGGGAAGCCUAUCUUUCCUGGAAAAGAUGAGCCAGAACAAUUAAACAAAAUAUAUGAGCUGUGUGGAGCACCAAAUGAAGUCAAUUGGCCUGGGGUUUCCAAGAUACCUUAUUAUAAUAAAUUUAUGCCAACAAGGCCGAUGAAAAGACGUUUGAGGGAUGUCUUCAGGCAUUUUGAUCAUCAUGCUCUGGAAUUGUUGGAGAAGAUGUUGACACUUGAUCCUUCUCAGAGAAUUACUGCGAAAGAUGCACUUGAUGCUGAGUAUUUCUGGACAGAUCCAUUACCAUGCGAUCCCAAGAGUUUACCCAAGUACGAGUCAUCACAUGAGUUUCAGACAAAGAAAAAGCGCCAACAACAACGGCAAAAUGAAGAAAUGGCUAAGCGUCAGAAAAUGCAGCACCCACAGCCACACACUCGUCUUCCCCCCAUUCAGCAGCCUGGGCAACAUGCCCAAAUGCGGUCAGGACCAAACCAACCAAUUCAUGGCUCUCAACCCCAAGUUUCUGCAGGACCUACCCAUCAUUAUGGGAAGCCCCGAGGUCCAUCUGGUGGGCCAGGAAGAUAUCCUCCCAAUGGGAACCCAGGUGGAGGAUACAGUCACCCAAAUCGAGCAGGUCAAGGUGGUUCUGGUUAUGGCAGUGGACCUUAUCCUCCUCAAGGGAGGGGGGCGCCUUAUGGGUCCAAUAGUAUGCCUGGUGGUGGUCCUCGUGGCAGUGGUGCCAGCGGCUAUGUUGGAGCUCCAAAUUAUCCCCAACAAGGUGGUCCAUAUGGGGGCUCAGCAGCUGGUCGUGGCUCGAACAUGAUGGGUGGAAACCGCAAUCAACAACAGUAUGGUUGGCAGCAGUAAAUAUACUUUAUGAUGUUCAGUAUUAGUACUACAAUUUGGCAAUACAAUACCCUGAUAAAUUUGAGAAGGAUCAGACUAUUUAUGGAUCAAGUUACUGAGAAGAAGAUACGAGAUGUGACCUCUAUGGUUUUUAUGCUACUGAGAUAUUUAUUCUCAUUACUUGAAGUUCUUGGAAACCUUUGUGAUGCAUGCAUGCACCUAGGUAAUGUUCGGUGCUCCUUAUCACGGGGGCACCACAAAAGAAGAGUGAACCUCCAAUUUUGUAGUUUUUCUUUUCACUAUAUACAUUGACAUUGAUUCCUGUGCAGUAUGUAUGAAUGAUAGCAGCAUACUUCAAAAUGUGUAACAAGCUGCUGCUUACUGAUAUUCUUUCCGGGAUACUGCCUUGUACAAAAUUUUGUUUUCUCUAGUUUUACACUAUAGUAUGAUAGGCACUUUAUGUAUGGUUAUGGUAAGUGGUAGGGAAGUGAAAUUAAUGAAUAUGGGUAUGAGAUAUGGAAGAAUAAAUAAGCAAAUUGCACAAAAGGCAGAAGUGGGGAGGAGUGUUACGUAUGGAUGUGGUUGAAGGAGAGAGAAAAUGACAGGUGGCCAAGGGAGGGAUAGAGAGAGAGAGAGAGAGAGGAUUAUAUGAUGGGUGUGGUAAACGAAUAGGAGGUAUGAGGAAAUUGGUAAGAUCGAGUAAAGAAGCUAUAGUUCUGUAACUUCUGUUAUUUGUUCUCCUAUUUUUCAUCUUGUAAGGAGCAAGUCUCCAACCGUUACCCUAGUUUUAUUUUUAAUUUUCUUAGAUUGCAGCAUUGUAAGUUGUAACAGAGGUAUCUCUGAUAUAGUUACCUUAGUUUUACCGUUUA